AUGCGUGCCGACUACCCUACGCAAACCUGUGGAAUGUGCAUGGCUGUAUAUACUAUACUAUACAGUACCUACAAAGUAGCAGCUACGUUUUUUUGAAUAGUCGGUUUUUGUUUACACAAAUUUAAUAAUACCACUAGUUAUGUUUAUGGCGUUAUUUUAAAUAUAGAGACGACAUCGAGAAACGGUUAUCUAUUAUACAAUUUUGCGUUUAAUCCGACAGAUACCUACUUAUGUUUCCUGCMGAACACCAGAAGCAGUUGUUAUUUACAACUGCAAUAGUCUUAGGAGUUUUACUCGGCCGCUUGAACGCUGGCCGCUCAAGCUCUGGCAGGGGGUCAAAUUUGUCAAUAGGGCCCAGAUAUAGUGGUUUAUUGUUGCCAGGAUCAAUGUUGUUGUUGGGUCGGGUUGGGUCACAAACAAAGGAGAAUGUACAGGGCUGGCGUAAUCAAGACUCCAGUGGUGUAUUUAUCCAUGAUGUCGACAGCCGAAGUCAAUACAAAGACAAACCUGAUGAGUCAGAAAAAUCUCAAUUACCACCAGUCCACAAAGAUAUGAAACUGGUGCGCAAGAACUCUCUUCUYCAUUCAGCAUGGGUUAUCAUUGCAGUUGUGUUAACGAUCAUAUUUGGUGCCAUAGCCGUCUACUAUUGGGUACUGUUUUAUCCGAUUCUAUGCAAGAAAGAGCGCAAGUAUGAUGUCAUGCAAAUGUCUGCCAAACCRUAAUAACCAUGCACAUUGUUCAACAAUCAAGAAAUAAACAUUAAAAUCUCUAGGUGGUGGUGACUGGCUCUAUUCUGAAAAAAUUAUCGUGAURAUAUAUAUGUUUGCUGUUAAACAGUUAUUUGUAUACCUUUAAGGUUUCCUAUUUUAUUUUUUUAUAAGCAUUUUUACUUUGUUUAAAAUUAUGACUGACUUAAUCGAUAAGAUCUAUAAACGGUGACUGCCUUUUAAUAGUUCCUUAAAUUAUCUUAAUUUACUUUUAUACUUUAUACUUAACUGUUUACAGAACAAUAUUCAAAAAUAAUGGUAUUUAUUUAAAAGAUACUAAUCAAUGAAUUUUAUUUUUUAUGCUCUAUGUUUAAUGCAUAAAUGUCAAAUUUAAUGAUUACCAAAAAAGUAUUAUAUUACUAUUUAUAAAUAUAUAAUUAUGAUGUAUUCCAUUUAU